AGAUCAAAAUGCGGAGGGACUGGGAGGCUCUAAGACAGCCGCAGGCGGCUGGCGCGCAGGAGACCAAGAACACGGUGCUGGCCUGGCCUUCCGUCAGGAGGAGCCAGGCCAUCCUGCGGCUAGGAGAGACCAAUACUCUGGCCCGAAAGAGACCGUCCCAACGGUUCUACCUCCCGCGCAUCUUCCCACUCCCUCUGUUGAAGGGAUUUGUGCACGCUAUCAAAUUGCCAUUGCCACGGAUCAACGUGAACCCAUUCCCACCCGAUCCUGACGUGCCAGCUGCGCAAACCAUGUUCCUCUCCAUGGACCAGAAAGUCCGGAAAUACUUCAUCCCAAAGCUCUCCCUUGCAGACAGCUACCCCUGAAGACAUGGCUGCCCUGGAGGGCCCUGCCUUGGCCUGGAUCAUUAGCAGAGGCCACUGAGUGCAGACUAUGAGCAGGCUCUUCUGGCUCUGUCCAUAAGGAAGUAAAGAAACGAGAUUUUUUUUCUUCUCCCUCCCAAUGUAAAGUAAGCUUGUAUUCUCUGAAAUGGCAACAACUGGCCAAACGCAGGAGGGGGAGCUCAACCGGUGUCACCUACGCAGUAUAGGCCGCAAAGCUUCUGUCUCCGGUGUUGCAGAGAUUAUCCAUUUUUUUAAGGCAGUUACCUUGAUUGGAAGAAACAAAGAUGUUGUGGACUAUUUCAUCAGUUGUCCAGUUUCAGAGAGAAAAGAUUACAUGUCCCGGACUCAUGCCAGAGUGAUUCGAACCACUAAUACUUACAGACUUGUGGAUUCCAGUUUGACGGGCGUUUAUGUCAACGAUGUUAGAAUCUGUGGUUCAGUCAUCUUGCAGGAAGGAGAUACUGUUACCUUCGGACACCCUGCAGGGAAUGAUAUCAAGCCUGGAACACAAGUUCGUCAGCCAAAUUCAGAAUUUUACUUUCUGUUUGAACAUUGUUACUGUGGGAUCGAUCAGCCGCAAAGUGCCUGUAGAGAAAUGAAGAAUUUGCCACCACAGAUUCAGUUACCACUGCUGGCGGCUCCUGAAACCCCACAAAUGUACAAUUCAGUUUUGGAGUUCGAGAAAAAUGUUGGCCUUCCCAUUAUAUCCCAGCUGAUACAGACGUCUCACAUAGUCCCAAGUAGUGGAGCUGAAUCUAAAUCUAGCACAUGCUAUGGUGCUGUGCAGCCUUCUAUGGUCACUGUGAGUCUGCCAUUAACACCAGCUGGUUCGGUGUUGUCUUCAGCUAAAUCUUCUCUGUGUAGAAAUCCCUUUAAUGUGACUUCAAAUAAAUCAGAAAUGCCUCCAGCAUCUACAUCAACUGUUGCAAUACCAGAUACGUCACCUGAUUCUCAGAUUGUACGUUCUGCUUCACCCGAAUAUGUCCAUGGGAAUAGUUCAACAGUUACCGCAGAGCCUUCUCAGCAGAGUGUCUUUGAAAUUGCACAGUCUUGUUCGUUUCAGGAAAACGGUGCAAGGAGAGCAGAACUGGAUAAUUCUGACUUUUUCUGUGUGAAACCAAGUGAAGACCAUGCACACUCAUCAGGAAGCAUGCCACAGUUUUACAGACCAUUCCUGGAUGAGAGACACGCCAGUGGUGAAAUAGAGAGACAACCUCCUGACGCAGUGUGUUAUAAUCUGGAACCUUCACCACCUUUUCCUCGCUCUAGUGAUACCACAGACACAUGUGACAGUAGCCAACAUGGAAGAACAGUUGUCAGAGCUGGUCUUCCCGAUAACAGUCUAGAGCUUUCAGAUCCUUUUCAAAUAGAAACUGGAAGCCACCUUGAUCCCAAGACACUAGCUGCUGUAGCCAGUAAGUCAGUGCUUGGAAGUUGUGCAAACGCUGAUGAUGACGAAGAGCCGAUAGAGAUCGACAUUAUUAGCAGCUCUAAAGAAACAGCUGAACACGAAACUUCUGAGAGUUCAGAAACUGGCAUUCAAGUGCAAGUCAGAGAAGUGAUAAAUGAAGCUGUGAAAAGUGCUCAGGUGCCAUCAGUCAGUGAUUAUGUGGAGAAUUCAAUGGAAAAGGAAAGUUUGACGGAAGAACAGAAUGAGUACGCGUUGGAGCAGCAUCCUGUUGACGUUUGUAUGUAUGGAACGCCACAUGCUGCUGCAGCUGUUAUUGGUGCUGAGACUUGUGAAUACCAUUCAAAGAGAAAGGGCCAUUGUCACGUAAAUCGCCUGUCAGAAUCAGUUACUGUUGAAAAUUGUUUGGAAAACAGUGACUGUGUGACAAUAAACAGAGUCCCAGAAGACAUUGCUCUGGGUAGAGAUCCAGAUAGUGGGUUUCCUGCAAAAGAAGUAGUGAGUCCAAAGAAGCUAGUGAAUGCAGCUGAUGUAGAAGAGCUGGAUUUGCUUCCUGAAACUGUUAUGGCCAUAGACGGAGCUCAGGAAGCAAGCAUGCCAUUUGUGCCAGACUCAGAAUGUCCACAUAGUGUUUGGCAUUCUGAGAUCAAAAACGAGAUCUGCAAAGAUGAGCUGACUUCAGUUCUAAAGGAAAACAGCCUUAUGCCAAAUGAGAAAGCAGUACAAGAAAGUAUUGAUAUUGUAGAAAGGGACAGCUGUCCCUUGGCUGACAGAGAGUUGGAAACUCAGAAGCCUGACACUACUGUAGACAUUCAAGAAGGAGCUGACCCUAACAAUGAUAGAAUCAUGACUAUAUCAAACAGAGAAUUGGGACUACAUAGAGAUCGUGUUUUUGAGGAUAAGAUGCAAAAUGCUUUAGAUCAGGACUACGCGCCUUCAGACACUGGGAUAUUGACCCUAGACUAUGAGGACUCUCAUAACAUUCUGACAACGUGUGCAGCAAAAGAAAUGUCUGCUUGUGAGAGUGCUGUUGGUUCUGCUAAAUCCCAAGAAAAUGAAAAUGACCGUGUCAGCGGAGUCGCCUUAUUCCAGAGCUGUGUUACGGAACAAGUUGUCUCGAGAGCCAGUGGAACAAAGAUUGUCCAGUAUCUGGAUGUGCUUCAUCCAGAAGAGGAGGAAUCAUCAAUGGAUUCUCAUGUGGUAGUGGAUGGGCUUGUAACCAAGAUACUGAAAAACAAUGCAGAGCCCACAGCACCCAAGAACUUGCCCUCAUGUGCACAAUAUAUCUCAGAUUAUCAUGUACAUUCUCCUUCUAAGGACCAUAUCCUAUCUGAAGAUACACACUUGGAAGAUGUAACUUAUGAUUCUUCCUGUAAUUGUGUGCCGUCAUCUUCUGAAUCUUUGCACAGUGAAAUUUCCUCACUCCAACCAUCUCCAAAGGAAGAAGAAACAUGUAAUUCAGAGGCAAUUGUCAAACCUUGGAGUAGAACAGUGGUAGAAAUGAUUUCUCCUGAGUGUCCUUGCAGGUAUGAAGACUCUGGAGCUUUUGCGUCUGCCAAGAGGUCCAUUAGUGAAAAAGUGAACCAAGAAACUAAUAUCCAGCCAUUGUCUCAAAAUGAAACUGAAACAUCUGUGAAACAGAAACCAUGCAAUAAGGCAAGUACUUCUCAUGCCACUCUGUGUAUAGAGUCUGAAGGCUUUCAUUCAGACCAUGAAUGUCCGACUACCUCUGUAGCUACAAAAGGUGUGCCACAGGAGGUUAGUGAUUUUGGUAUCAAUGAUAUACAUGUGGAAAUAAGUGCUUCUGAAGAGGAUGAAAAGCAAGCAAAUAGGAAUGUAACGAUGGGUAGUCAUGUUGGACACGGAGACAAAGAUAAGAGUGAAUCAAAGAUGGAUUCCGUGGAUACAGAAGCGAGGAUAUCUUCAGUUACCGAUUAUAUUGAAGGACCAUGUGCAAAAGUGGGAACUCAAAGUAGGCUAAUAAAUGAGAGAGAAAUAAACUUACUGCCUACAGAGACUGCUGUAAGUGGAAACAAAAAUAGUGUGUCAAAGAAUAGUAUCUGUGAGGAGGAAGUAAACGUGUCAAUGGAUAUUAAUUUGAAUAGUCAACAGUUUUCAGAGCCCUAUCAAAGUACCAUACAACAUAACAAUGCAAGUGAAAAUUCCUGGAAAGAGUUAUCUGAACCAAUGGAGUUAGAUUCCAUAGCAAAGAAAAAGCUUUCUUCCGAAACCUUUGAAGAAAAACCAGUAUUUGUAACUUCAGGUUCUUCUCCCGAUAAAGUGACACUUUUUGAAAAAACAGAGAAAUUGGUAGAGGCGAUAAAUACUAAGCCACCGAUUGAUGUAGAUGAAGAACUUAUUGAUGAGGGUCUGCUACAGGAGAGUGACUGCACUCCUGAGGGAAAGAAGUCUCCAUGGAAAGAAGAGGACCAGUCAUAUGUCUCAAUGGUUGAAAGAGAAUUGGAAGAAAACACAAACACCAACUGUAUUAAAACAGUUGAAGUCUUUGCUGGCCGUACUUUGGAUUCCACUUCUAAUGAGAGGAGUGAUACUGAUUGCCAGGAACUGAAAACCACUUGCUCAGUAGUGGAUGAUACAACACUGGGGGGGGAGCAGUAUGAUCAGUCAACUAGUAGCGACAAUACGUUUUAUGAAAAGACAGAUGAAGAUAACGUUGAAAGCAAAGAGAAGAUGAAAAUACCUGGAGAGAGACAUGACUUAGGAACAGCCAUUAAUGAUGGUAUAUUUGAACAAGAGACAAAUCUAGAAAAGGAAGAUCUAGAUAAAGAGAUGGAGAUUGUGGCAAAUGUAUGUGGUGAACAAACAAAUCUUAAUCACAGCAGCAUUACUGAAGAACCCACCAACAGGCUGAAAAGAAAUACAGCAUAUUACUCUUCAGACUUAGAGGAAGGAAAAGCAAAUGAUCUUUCUCCAUUAUGCUUAUCCAAACUUACUUCUCUAGUAGCAGAAAGAAGCUUGAACUUUAAUGAUUAUUCCUGUUCGCAAAUACAAUCCCCUUACUAUGAGACUAAAAGGGACAUGGAAAACAUUCCAGAACCUCUGAAUGAUUACAGCUUGCCUCAGAAGGACACCAGGAAUGAAGAAGAUAUGAAGUUGAAUGAUGAAAAGAGAGUUGAGGCAGUAAACCAUAAAUGGAGUGUAAAAUCAGUUACAGUGGACAACGAAUUUAAGCACAGUGAUGCAUGUUGCAGUGAGUUUGAUUUAGGAACAUUGAAUAAUUGCCAAGAGGAAAAUGAGAAUUUGUCUGUCAGCUCUGCCCAUUUGGCAUUUCAACAGCAAUCUGGUGCAGAUGAUGAACAGCAGGAGACAGAUUCCCAUGCCGUGGAAUUCCAGCAUUUGGACAGUAAAGUAGACUGGAACUCCAAAGAGGAUAUUAUGACACAAUCACUUUAUCCAAAGGACUUCAUCAUAGACAGUGGUAGGAAGAAGCUACGCGAACAAAAUAUGACUACUGAAAUCUUGACACUGACUGGUUUGGAGAGCAGUGAUCAAAGAAGUAUAUACCAAGAGGAAAGUGGAAUCCAACUGCAAACUUCUGAAUUGGACACACGACCAUGCAGUGUAGACAGAAAUGAUUUUGCAGUUGGGAGGCAAGCUCUUACAUUUGAAAAGCCUGAAUCUGCUAAAGAAAAUAUGAAUGAAAACCUCAUAAAGGAAACUGAAACUGACUCAAUCGAAGGGUCUGAGUCAUUCAGUUCUGAGGAGCUGAAUUUCUCAGCUUCAGAAGUUGAAAAGGAAAAGGAAGAAGAUAACAACAUGAGAACAAGAAUUGGAACUGAAAUGCAGUCUGAUGGAAGCAAAAUUCUGAAGGAAAGAGACAUUGUUGUCUCUGAUCCAAACAGUGUCUCUAGCAGCGUUAUUCUACCUGCUGACCUGGACUGCAAACCAAAUAAAGAUCAGCUUGGCAGAGUGAUUGAAACAGCUCAUGUCAAAUCAAUGAUAGGUUCAGAAAAGUCAACAGACUUGAGUUUGGAAGAAAAGAGCUAUUCUCUUUGCAAUGCAGAAUAUGAUCUAAGUGAAGUUAGAAUUGCUGGACCUGAAAAUUGUAGUACAGGUAUGGUAGUUGGUGAAUCCGGUCACUUAGUAAAAAACCCAACACUGAGAGAAGAAAAAACAGAGAACCAAACAACUGCAGACUGUAAUCUUGAGCCCGUAUGUUUGUAUAGUUCUAUAGAAUUUCCUUGCGUACCAGAAAGCCAGAGAGAAAUGGAAGCAGUGAAAGGCUAUGCACAGGUUGAUUUGAAUAAGGGAGAUGCACAUUGUUCAGGUGAACUUGUAGGAAAUGUUGAUUCUAAUUCUGUCCAAGGCAGAAAAAAUCUAGAGGAGAAUCUGGAGCCUAAGAAUAGCUUGCUGGAUGAUUGCAGUAAAGAAUUAGAUGUGGAGACACCAUCUAUAUCUUUUGGAGCCCUAAAAUCUGUUAAGGGCUCUCCGGUAAACGAAAUGCUGACCAGUCUCUGUGCAGAAAAAGAUGACAUUAAUCAGAAAACAGAAACAGACGAACUGGUAUAUAUGCAGCAAGAAAGCCAAGACUGUGAAUCCCUGAAAUCCCAAGCAAACCUAUGCCAGCCCACAGAAUGUGCAAAUGUUUCUGAAGGCAGUAAUGAAGGUUUAAAUGUUUCAGAGUCUACAUUUAUGAACAGGAUGGGCACUUCUAAAGAGCAGAAUAAAGCUCAGAAUAAAAAGACAGACAAAACCAAUUAUUUCAGAGCACCGAAAAGACACAUCGAUAGAGACAAAUAUUCUGAAACUUCACUUUCUGAAGAUGAGCAGUGCUCCCAAAAGAGAAUCUGCCCUUUGAGGUCUCUUGCCAUGCAGGAGUCUGUAUCUGACCUGCCUAGUCCAAAUGUAGCCUUAUUUUCCACUCCCACUGAUGUGAAUGAGAAAACUCUUCAGCGCCUUAAUGAAGUGGAGAAGGAAAAUAGUAAAAAUAUUGCACGCUUGGUGAGAGAAUUUUUUAAAAAAAGAAAUGACUCUGAGAACUUGGUAAAUGAAAACCCCAAACCUGAAAUGUCUGUGCCGCCUAUUGAAAGCAAAGUAGAAGACGACAGUAACUGUACGUGUGUAGGUGAAAUAGACAGUGAUGGCUGGACAAGGAGAGAUGGAAGCAAUUUACGUCUGUUGUCAAGUAUUGACCCUCCGGUAAAUGGAAACCAGUCAGUGAAAUUAAUAUCUGAGUCCCAGAGUCUCCCCCUUGAAAGUCAGUUCAGGGUUAGUGAACUUGCUGCCAGUUCAGCAGAUUCACAGACUGGUGUACUAGAAAAAGACGCAAGUCAAGUUCCAGAAAGCCCAAGUGCAGAUUCCCUGUCUGAAGAGGAACAGUUUCAGUCAAGGGUGUGUUUAGCCUUAGAUAGUAAAUAUUUUUCUGCUAAAUCGCCCCUGACAUCCCCUGACGUAGCUUCUGAACAGAGCACCAAAGCAUCCGGUUUGGACUUCAUAUUCUCUGACUUAUCGAAUAGCUCGGUUGAAGGUGAUCAUCAUUUGCUUACCCAAAAAGUAAAUAGCAGGAUUUCUAGUGGAGCAGGUGAUGGGCUCCCCACAGGUGUUUGCAGUGACAGUUGCGAUGUAGCUGGUAUUGACACAGUGUCAGGUUUUUCAUGCAACUCCUUAGACGCCUCAGCUGCGCAUUGGAGCAGAGACACAACUAUAUCUUCAGAUCUUGUGGCAGCAGCUAGAGAAAGCAGCCAGUGUGUUGCAAGCGAGUGGCCACAGAAGUUGGAGUCAGAAGACCAUGUUGAAAGCAUCACAGACAGAAAUGAGCUGGCAAUACUGCACGAGGCUGAGGGAGCGCUCGAUGGUGACAGAACACCUAGUCUAGAAGAUUUAUCCAUUCCUGCGUCCCAUGUGACUUCACUAACUGGAGCCAGUCCUAGUUCACCGAAGAGCAUCUUCAAGGUAGAAAGUGAUGCAGACCAGCACGAAGCCCCUGAAUUUUGCACUCACAGCAACACGCAACAUGGCGAAAUCUUCGGUCUUCAGACAAAAUCCACACGCUCUCCCUGCCAAGUUUCUCCAGGGUCUGCCAAUGAGGAACCAGCACCAAAUCAGAAGGAAAUUGGCGCUCCUGACACUACAGGAUCAUCCAGCGCUUCUCAGACAAGUCUCACUGACCUUGCCCAAACGCCCUCCAUGCCUGUCACUUCUGAUCACCUCAGAGAGUGUCCUGCAGCUCGCUCUCCAGUAACCUCAGCUCUGCACAAACGUCGUGCCUCAGAAACUGCAGACUGCUCUCUGCCAGGCUGUUCAUCUCAGCCACGGUCUGUAGCAAAUCUUCCGAUUCAAGACCGGAUCCCCUCUCCUUGCACCUUUGAGGCACGCAGGUUCAGCCGACCAGCUUCAGAACGAGCUUGCUCCUCCGACGAGGAAGCGGCCUGUCACUCCAAGGGUUUUGCUGCUGAUAUGGAGGAAUUUCCAUCCACGGCUACAGAGAGUUUGAAGGCUGUUGCCCUCUUGUCUAGAACCAAAACUCUGGGCAGUUUCUCUGCCGCUGAAAACGCUGCUCCCAAAGCAAGUUCCAGCAGUUCAGAUGGAAUGGAGAGUGAGGCCCGGAGUGCCUGGGCUUCGUCGGAGGGCGACAUUGAGUUCCAGCUGAGCCAGUGUCAGACGGUGCUUGGCGAGAUUUCGCAGGCUCUCCGGGCAGUGGAGGGCAUUGACGAAGCGCACAUGAAUGAAUGGAGAGACCAGAUUGAAACGUUGCAGAAAGAUACAAAAAUGCCCAAGACCUACAUUGCAGUCGUGGGAAACACUGGAGCAGGGAAAAGCAGCUUGUUAAACGCCUUGCUGGAUGAGGAAGCCGUGCUGCCUACUUCUGCCAUGAGAGCCUGCACUGCUGUGGUGGUGGAGAUCUCCAGGAACGCUGGGAAGAGUCUGUAUGAAGCGGAUGUGGAGUUUCUUUCUAAAGAAGAGUGGGACAAUGAGCUGAAAGCACUCCUAGAAGAUAUGAAAGACAAAUCUGGCAACUUAAAGAAGCGAUGCCCAGAUCGCAAGACUGAAGCGGGCGCUGCCUAUAGCCGUGUGAAAGCUGUUUAUGGGAUGAUAGCAGAACUUCCAAAGCUGAAGGAGAUGAAGGAGGUGACCCAGCAUCUUGGGACAGUAAAACACAUCUCUGCGGAGAAGGCAUCAGAUUUCCGCACAAAAAUAGAGAAAUUCAUUGACUCUCGGACUGACAACUUACGUGACAUGAAAGGUGGAGAAUUUUGGCCUAUUGUUAAAUGUGUCAAGAUCUGUGUUCCUGGUGCUGAUGUCUUAAAGACUGGGGCAGUGCUGGUGGAUUUGCCUGGAAUAAGAGAUUCCAAUGCUGCCAGGGAUAAUGCUGCCAAAGAGUACUUAAAGAACUGCAAUGCGGUGUGGGUAGUCGCCAGCAUCACCAGAGCAGUGGAUGACAAGACUGCCAAAGAGAUGUUGAGUGCGAACCUGCGGAGGCAGCUGCUCAUGGAUGGUCAGUUUGGGAGUCUAGCUUUUGUUUGUACUAAGACUGAUGACUUCAACGUUACGGAAAUAAUGAGUGAUCUGGACCUGAGAGGUGAAAUCCAGCCCAUAGAAAGGUCACUGGGAGAGCUGGAGAAUCAGCGGGUGCAAAUGGAAUUGGAAAAGGACUCCCUGUAUUUUCAAUUCCAUACCGUAGCGUAUCUGUGCGUGCGCUGUCCUUUUAUGCAGCGACUCUCUGUGUGUGCGGCCUGA